UGUCUCGGAACGCCCAGUACAGCUGGUACCUCCAUUGCUUACCAAGACAGCACCCUGCACUGACAAUGCGUGGCGCUAAGCUAAAACAAGUCAUUGUGUGAACGUGAUGUCCAUGGCUACACUGCUUUGCAACCUGGAAUUAUGACUCAAGAAAGCUACAAGAAUUGGCACAACUGAGUGUAUAACACUCAGUACUGCCUCCCUCUGCCAUCCCACAAUGCUUGGGCUACAGGAAACAAGACCUGCUGGGACUUCCUCCACCAAAUCAUACAGCUGUGUGGCAUGCUCAGCCACGUUUCAUGGUUUAGCAUCUCUCUUGGUACAUCAAGCAUCUCACGCCAGUGAAGUUUCUAGUCCACUAGGGGCUACAUCACCUACUUGCAGUCACUGUGGUGGAUUAUUUGCAAGCAAAGAACUUCUUGAAAAACACCACUGCAUGCUAUUGCCCCCUACUGUAACUCAAGAUUUACACACAUGUGAACGUGAGGAAGGGUUUCAGGAAAUUGGUGCUAUUCAGGUGCAUGAAAAGAUGCACGAAAUGAAGACUUUUACAGAGUCAGAUAAGGAUUCUACUAUAAAAAUUGAAGUCAUGACUGAUUGCAGCCACUUUGCUCCAGUUCUCCCCUCUGAGAGCUCACCUUCCCAUGGUACUGAGGAGUCAUUUAAUGAGAGCACACAGACACUUUCUGAAGUUGAGAAAAAAGGGUCUAUAUCCAUGUCAAAUGUACCUCCUAUGCCAUGUCCCAUCUCACAAGGACAUCAUGAAGGGUUGCUACCAGCAUGCAUAUCCAGUCCUAUGAUUUCCACAGAAGCACAUAGUGAGUCCUUUGAAAAUAAAGCUAAGCUCAUGGAAAAUGAAAAUGUGAAUAGUUCUGACAAUGAGGAAUCACCAGACCAGUCAACAGUAACAAAUAAGAAAACACUUCUUAAAAUGCUUGCCUCUGCCUAUAUGAGCUGUAGACAGCCAGCCCAAAUUAAAUGGGGCCAAAUCAAGAGGGCUCUGCCUCCCCGAAAAGUUUCACCUAGGGCACCUUUACAAGCUCCAAUGGCUAUGUCAGCAUCAAACCCUGAGUGCACUGUUAAUCAGUUAAGACAAAAGGUUGCCAAAUAUGCCCCUAAUCGAGAAGGUUUAAUAACAUCAGACAGAACCUUCUCAAACAAAGGCAGUGUUGUAUCUGUGACCAAGACUUUGUGUCCUGUGGUGGCACUUGAGACUCGUCAAAAGCUUUUCAGGGACAAUGUUGAAGGUAGAUAUCAGUGUGGAAUCUGUCGUAGGGUGUUUCAGAACAAGGACAGCUUAAUAAUGCAUCAUGCCUUGCACAGGAAGGAAAGAGUUAAAUUUUGUCACCGUUGCCAGCAAUUUGUCAUCAGUGUAAUUUCUGUUCCGGAUAACCAUAUCUGUUCUGGCUAUGGCGGAGCAGCCAACUCUCUUCCCACAAUAAUGUAUCCACGAAAAUUAUUUCGCUGUCAAUUGUGUAACCGGAGCUAUACAAGGCGCCACAGGCUUAAAACACAUAAAUGUCACUGGGUAGCUGCUUCGGCUCGAAAAGAUGCCACAGUCUGCAAUAUUGGAGGGGAGCAACUCUCGUCAGUGAAGAACUCAACAAGCCAUGUAAAUGUUGCUGUGAACACUGAGAGCAUUAACUCUAUAAAGACUGAAGAGAGUGCAGGAUCUCCAGUGGUGGACAAAUUUCAGUUGAACCCUAACUCUUUUAAAUCUGAAAGAGCACCCAAAAGUUUCCCACCUUUUCUUCCCAAUAAGUCUAAAUUUGCAUUAGUGCAAUCAAAGGAAAAUGUUAAUGAAAUGUUGAAAGGAGAGAAUUCCAUUAACUCUUCAUCGUCUGAAGCUGAAGGAAUGGCAGGGAGUAACACAGAUGGAAGUGAGUCAUUAGAAAGAGGCCAGUGGACUGUACCGCUGGAUGAUGCUGAAAUUGAUGUUCUGACUGAUGAAGAAAACUGCCCAAGUCCAAAAGAAACCACUGAUGAUGAGGUCAUUAUUUUAGAGCCGUCUGUUAAUUAUGGAACAACACAUUCUACAAGUAAAGAUUUUCAGGUUCAUGUUUCUGAGAGUGGAAUAAGGCGUUUUUCCUGUAACAGAUGUCAGAAAAGCUAUUCUAGGCGUUUUACGCUAAAUCAGCACCUUAGGAUUUGUAGAGCAAGAAAAUUAAUGGAGCCAAAUUCCUAUGGAAAUGUGUCAGAUAAUAUCCUUGGGGUGAGGAAAAUGUUUCCAUGUCCCCAUUGUGGUUCAUCAUUUACUCGCAAAGAUAAUAUGAAUAUGCACCGAAAGAGGUGCCAAUCCAUGAGAGCUGCAAAAACUCUGGUGGGAAAUGGGAUGUUGGACAAGCAAAAUCAAGCAGCCCAGGAAAACAUAUUUGUGUUGCCACCAGUUUCAAAGAGCCAAGUGAGACAGGAGGGCAGUAGUAAUGUUGGGGGUGGAAGCUGGGGUAUUAUGUCAUUACCAUCUGUGCUCCCCAGAAAAGUGACUUGUGAGUGUGGUGCUAGUUUUACUUGCCCUAGGCUUCUGUUUGAACAUCUGCAAAUGCAUGCACUAGAGUCUUACAUUUGUUCCCAUUGUGGUGAGAAUUUGCAGUCUUGGGCUGAUUUUGAAGCACAUCAGCAAUUACAUCUACAAACUUCAGGGGCAAAAAUUGAGGACAAAGGGUCACAGCAGCAAUCACAUGUGCAGCCUCAGCUUCAGCAAGAGCCAAACAUUCAGACAUCAGUGCAAAAUCAAAAAAAGAUGUCUCAAGAUCUGUUUAAAUCACGUUUAAAUCACAGGCCCUUCACAGGUCCAUAUGUUUGCCACAGAUGCAAGAAGAUCUUUAGAUUACGCAAGUCUUUGCUAAGGCACCUAACGCGGAGUUGUAAGGGAGCUGCUACAACUGAAAACAAACACUCUUGUUCCCGCUGUGGCAUGACUUUCCAAAACUCUUUAGCCCAAGAGGUCCACAUGCGUGGCAACACUUGUACCCCCGCUUUCAAACCUCUUAGUUGCCCAGUGUGUGUACGUUGGUUCAGCAGCCUUGAAGGACUCAAGAGACACUUGUUGUCACAUAGCCAAGAAGAAAGUUUGACUUGUCAGAUUUGUUCUUGCAAGUACUCAAGCCAUGCUGCACUUGAGGAGCAUAAACGUAGUGUCCACAGCACAACCAAGGACUCUGAGUCACCUACUGUUCAGUCAGCUCAUGUUUCACAAAGCAGCUCAUCAGAUGCCUUUCGCUGCCAGAUAUGUCAGCGCAGUUACCCAAAACUCCAGUCCCUGAAAGAUCAUCUAAGAAAGGUUCAUAGACCAAAACAUCUAAAUGCAGUCCGCAUUGGCAGUUUUGAGUCCAAGGAAUUGUCCAAAGGAAUUGCACAGCAAAGUCAGACCAAGCAGUUUCAGUGUCACAUUUGUGCUCGUGCUUACCAAGAUAUUCAGUGCUUGAAAAAUCACAGGAGGAGGGUCCACCGUAUUCUAGGAGGUGGACUGCAGCCUCCAAGGGCAAAUCUACAGCAAAGUCAUUCCAGUCUAUUUCAGUGUCAAAUCUGUUCACGCACCUACCCUGACAUAAGGUCAUUGAGAAACCACAGGAGGCGGGUUCAUCGCAUCCUGGGUGGUCUUGAAAUAUACAAAGGGAUUACUCAUCAAAAUCACAGCACUCUUUUUAAGUGCCAGAUUUGCCAGCGCAGUUAUCCAGACCUAGGAUCACUAAAUAACCACAAAAGGAGGGAUCACUGUAUUUUAAGGGAUGUACUUGAGUCAACAAAAUUGGAUGCCACACACAUGGACCAGUCACAGUCAGAUGUUGUACAUGUCACAGAUCCCAGUGGGAAUUUUGAGCCUAUUGCAUAACUGUGGUUUAUGAUCACUGACAUUUAAGUUAGAAAUAACAUGUACUGUGGGACUUUUUUUGUGCACUCGGCUUUGUACAAUUUUAUUAGACUUAAAUAGUAAUAGCUUCAAAAUAAUUCUUCUGUAAAUAUGUUGGAUACUUUUUAAGGCAAAUAUUCCUUAGCUGUUUUAAGAUAAUAUUCAUUCCGUUCUUCUCAUUUCAUUAGUUGGUGGUAAGUGGUACCACCAGUAGAAAGACACUUCCCAAUGGUUAAAUAUAAUUGGCUGCAAUCUGUCAAUUACUUUGCUGGGUUCUGUUUUGAUGGUCUGUUUUUUAUGUUUUGUUUUUUUGUUGCAUUUUAGGUUAUUCUAUUAAAGAUUUAUUAGAGAUUAAAGAUUAAUACUAAUGAGUAACAGCUGCAAGUCUUUGAAUCUGAUAAAGUGGGAGCAUGGCUUCCAUGGUUUGUACUGACAUGCCGUCAUUUUAUUUUGAACUACUGUAACAAUGCUAUAUAACUGGAUGAGCCAAAAAAAAAAAGGCACUGCAUGAUGCCUCCUACAGGAGUUUUUUUUUUUCUUUUUUAGCAAUCAUUAAUAAAACAGUACUAUUCUUGACUUUCAUGAAGAAUCUCAGCCUUUUGAGGAGUUUUUGUAAAAUUAUUAGGCCACAAAAUUCAUGAUCUUAGCUUUCCACACUCACAUGUACAGUGGGCCUCAUUUAUUAAGUUGGAUAUGAACAGAUUUAUAUGUAAAUCAUUUGUACGAGUAUGAGAAUUUGGUGCAAAUCGCAUAAAUUCGGGAAAAAAGUGUGUAAACUUCUGCAUAAGAAGACCAAGUAAUCAAAACCUUGAUUGAUCGACUUAAAAUCAUAUAAUUUGCAUGGAUUGUUGCUCUUUUAUAUGUGGAAUAUACUUAUUAGGGUUUAAAUUGCUUAUUUAUAUAUUUACAUUCAUAGCAUUUAACAGAAAUGCUUUGUUGUCCAUCAAGAAAGCAUCCUUGUGCUAGUUUACUAGGUCAGAGACUAAAAGGCUUGGUUGUUAUCAUUAUUAUAUAUUAAUAAAUAUUUUUAUUGGCAUGGAAGUGAAUCAAAAUAAAUUCCACUUUUACCUUUCGACCUUUACACUUAACAUUAAUUUUAUUUUCCCAGGUGUCUGUACACGUGAAGAUACAUAUGUAUUCAUAUAUUAUGAAGAAAAUCAGCCUUUCCAAAACUUGUGUAAAUCCGGUCGAAACGUUUAGUUCAGGUUGGCUUAUGCAAACAUUUACACACAACUGUAUUAACAAUUAAAAAAUGAGCCCCACUGAGCUUUUUGGAGCAAGAGUGGUCAAUUAAGAAAAGUCAACGAAGACCACAUUUUCAUAAAGACAUAUGUAUAGUGAUGUACACCUGUUACUGCCUAAAACAUAUUUUGGCUGUAACCUAUCUCAAUGUAAAUAAUUGUGCUUGUUCUUUUCUCUCUCUUUUUUUUUUUUUUAACCUUUCUCUCACAAACAGAAAUAGAGCAUUUUAAAACACUUGGUACGUGCAUGAACAGCUGAAAAAAAAACACAUUGUAAAUAAAGGUGUUAUUUGUAAUCUCAGUGCAUUGUGAAUGUAUAAAAGUUUGUUUAAUGGUAAUGUUUUGGAAGACUGUAACUCCAUAUUGUACAAAUAAAUACUGUGGCAUUGUAUGUUUUUAGGUUCACUAAACAUUUAAGUGUUCAGUUAUUCAUAUGUUUAUUAAAUAUUAUAACAACCUACAA